AUGGAUCACUAUGACAGCGAUUCCUCCGGCUUUGAGGAAGAGGGGGAUUUCACAGACACUGGAGUUCUUUUGGGCUAUGCUGCAGAGGAUGUGAUAGAGGACACAAUCAGUCAUCUUGGAGGCUGGCCGAGCUGGCUUGACGGUGCUACCCCGCCUCCCGCCGAGUUUGCCAGUUGCAAAGUCUGCAAUCAACCCAUGGUCCUCCUGCUUGAAUUACACGGCGACCUCCCUGAUCAUUUCCCCGACAACGAGCGGCGACUUUAUCUAUUCAGUUGCCCCAGGAAAGCCUGCAGCAAAAAAAACGGCAGUAUCAGAGCGUUGCGUGCCUCGAGGAGAUUGAAGGACCAGCGGGCACCGUCGAAAAAGGUAGAGAACCAAGAGCCACCCAAGGAGGAGCAGAGACCAGAAGCCCCCAAGCAGGAUCUUGGAGCUAGUCUAUUUGGUUCUACGUCGCUCACCGGUAGCGUCUCGGCGAACGCAAACCCCUUCUCUUCAUCCUCUGCUACCUCAACACUGUCAGGCAACAAUCCAUUUGCUGUCCCCGCUGCCACCCCCACGGCUCUGAUAUCACAAUCGACAAAGCUGGCUUCCUCACAGCCUGCGCCGGCCAACUCCCUCUCUGAGUCCUUUGCAGAUAAAGUCCGUGUCUCCUCUCCGCCUCCAACGACCAAGACCCCUGAAGCCUCUGGACCCUCUGCCCCUUGGCCUUCGCAGUCCGCCUUUCCAGAGCCGUAUAAGCAUUAUUAUUUGGACGCUGAAUACGAAACACUCUCGCGUCCAUCCACGCCAGCAGUCCCUGAAAAUGUCACGAUUGACAGCACCGAAGAGGAAGCCGGUGGUGGAUCGUCUGUGGAGCUAAAGGACGCCCUGGAAUCCCAGUUAGAUAAAGCCUUCAUUAAGUUCUCCACUCGGCUGGCUCACAACCCUGAACAAGUCCUACGAUACGAAUUCCGCGGCUCCCCUAUCCUCUACUCGCAAACCGACGCUGUCGCGAAAUUUUUUCACGACUCCAAGGGUGCCAGUUCCGGUGCUCGGGUGACGACGGUGGGAAGCGGUCGAAUCCGGAUCCCGCGCUGUGAAUAUUGCGGAAGCGAACGGGUGUUUGAGCUGCAGCUUGUCCCUCACGCUAUCAGCGUUCUGGAGGAGGACCGCGAUGGGAUUGGCAUGGGCCCCAAGGAUGAUGCGGGCAUGGAAUGGGGCACGAUCAUUCUUGGUGUUUGUAGCAAGGACUGCGCUCCGGAUAAAGUAGGCGUGACUGGGUGGCGUGAGGAAUGGGCCGGUGUGCAAUGGGAGGAGUCGAAAUAG